AUGAGGAGAUACACCACUGGUAUUGUAAAAAACAGAUAAUUUUAAGCUUGUAGUGACAGCACGUGAAAGUUAGUAUUGCCACUUCCUUUGCUUUGUACGGUCCCUCAGUAGUGAAAACUAGUGGUUUCUUCGCCAUUGAUUUGCAAUUCUAGUGUGCUCAAUGGUAUCUUCGAGCGAGACAACGAGACAUUGAUCGGUCGUGAUCUUGUUGUUACGUGGACCUGUGGUGGGCGGGCGGGCGUGUGGUCAUCUCUUCAUAUGGUGCUUCAAGUCCUGGUGUAUAGGACGAAAGUUAAGAUGUGAUACGAGAAUAAUUUUCUACGUAGAGGCCAGGUUCUGUUGCUUCAGGAUCUUCGACAUCGGAUUCCAAUGGAUAACCUCGCCUUUGAGCUUCAAGUUGGUGAUGAAUCAGAUGGUCUCCCUCCCCCUCCUCCCGACCCCUACCUCCUCCCUGCAGAGCCGUCCGUGACAGGUCCAGUGCUGACAAUCUCCCCGGGACAAUGCCCAGGGUGUAGGGUCGGUAGGUUACAAAAGGAAUACACCAGAAGCGGGAUUGCGCUGGCCAUUGGCUGUUUCCCCUGUGGCAUCGCCUGCUGCCGUUCUAUGAGGAAGUUUCGCUGUAAUAGGUGCAAAGCUCUCUUUUAAAAACAACCCAUUGUAAUGAGAAUCUGCCUGUCAAUUGCGAUAAAAUCGAGAGAGUUGUGGUAAACGCCAGGAAAAUCUGUGUACGUGUGUUUAUUUUCAUAAAUUGUUCUGGAAUUCUCAAUAGACUGGUAAGAUUAAAAUAUUUUUUUCUAUUGA